GCAUGGUCCAUAAAGGCUGUGAUGACUGAUGAGUGUUGCCAGACAACUAAAACAACAUAACUGUCCGCGGAGUCCAGUGAAGAUAUAGUUUAUUAUCCAGCAGAAUGAGUGGCAGGUGUAGUGUGCAGUGGGGGGGUCAGCUCCUCCUCCUCCUCCUCCUCCUCCUCUCCUGCUGUGUGCUGUUUGUUAACUCUCAGGUGGAUCCUCAGCACCAACAGAAGCCCCCACCCGUCGUAGAGAGUGCAGCUCAUAUAACGGGCCACGGUCACGGUCGCCUGGACAAGAACAUGGUGCAGGACAAAGACCACAUCAUGGAGCAUUUAGAUGGAGUGAUAGACAAACCGGAGACAGACAUGACACCCCAGGAGCUUCAGCUGCACUAUUUCAAGAUGCACGAUUACGACGGCAACAACCUGCUGGAUGGGCUGGAGCUAGCCACCGCUAUCACACAUGUACACAAAGAGGUGUGGGGGAUUGGGGGUGCAUCAACCCAGUUGGGAGAGAGAGGAGAGGACAGCCAGCCAAUGAAAGAGGAGGACCUGAUCACUCUUAUUGAUGAUGUUCUGAGGGACGAUGACAAAAACAAUGACGGUUAUAUAGAUUAUGCAGAGUUUGCCAAAUCACUGGAGUAAGAUGUCACCUGAGCACUGACAUCCUUCAUGUCCACAACAACAACAACAACAAACAACAACAACAAGGAAUGCAGAGAAGAGAAGAGGAGGCCGACUGAGAAGCUGCCGCCACCAGAAAACCUCCAUUAAAUCAUUGCUGUCUCUCUCCCAGGGGAUCAAUCAAUCAGGGUUACAGGUAAUCUACGCAGUUUGGGAAAAUUUUCUACUUUCUAAGCUUGUGAUGCAUCCUUUUUUUUUUUUCAUGUGAUGUCCAGGCUGGUAGCAGCAAAACUGGCUAUGCUAGUGGUUUAACAAGCAACAAAAUGGGCUUUUUUUUUUUUUUUUUUUUGUUUGAUUCUGGCGUUUUUCCCAGUUUUCUACUUUAACCCAUUGAAGCCUGGAAAGCGGAUACGUCGUUUUGUAGUAUUUGUAUAAGCUCUCAAAUACCUUUUUUGAAUUUCAUUUCUAUCUGCUACAGAGGCUGAAAAAUCUAUUAUUUAGUAGAAGAGUUGACACUUUUUUUUCCAGAAUUUUUCUAGAAUUUCCAGAAAAUUAGAGGCUUAUUUUAAAAUCGCCCAGCGAUUUUUCAGGCCUCAAUGGGUUAACAAGCAACAAAAUGUGCUUUUUUUUUAUUUUUUAGUUUGAUUCUGGCGUUUUGCUUCACACAAUAUUACGAACAAACCCAGUUUUCUACUUUAAGAGCAUUUAAAGUGUUCAGUUCUGUUUGUGAGGUUGAGAGAUCUCUGCAGUGACUUUUUCCAAACAGCUAAUGGAAGUAUAAGAGUUAAAUACUUCCACUAGGAACUAGUACAUCAGUGAAGUGGUAGCAGAGGUCUCGUUGGCUGGUAUUUGUGUGUUGGCCUUUUCCUGGAGCUCCAUAGAAGUGUCUAUUCUUCUUUUAGUGGUGCUACAUUUAACUCUGCCAGCCCAACGGCAUCUACACAGAGUGUUUAAACCUGGUUUCACUCUGUGCAGCGUGCAUACUGGACUCCCACUUAUUUACAUUAGCUAACACACUGUUGCUGUGUGAUAGUCAACAUGGUGGACCAAAUGAUUCCUUCUGUGAAUCUGCUUCAUUUGCUGUUCAUAAUGAGGCAAACGGGUCGUCCUCGUGACUUCAGGAAGUGGCCUUGACUCGCUCAGCUGUACGGUAGCCUGAUGUAGUAGUCGAGACGGAAUUGUCCAAAAAGUGAAGGUGAGGAGCAUUUAUGGGUACAAGUCGGGAACCGGCCUACUUUACUUAUUUCAAGGGUGCUGAAUCC